CUGGGCCUUUUGUAGAUAUAAAAAUACAAUUCUAAAUGGACAUGCUACGCGUUUGAAGAUUAAAAAUAAACAUUCGGAGUGCUAAAAGGUUUACAAACGCACAUCGGGCCAAAGAAGCGGAAUUAAGCUGGAUGCAGUGCUCUGUUCUUUUUGGCACGAGUGUACAUUUAUACUUGACUUGUCUGAACGCAAAGAGCGAAAACAAGUUCAAUGCCAAGGCUGCGCUGAUGUCACCUCUCCAAUUCUCGCCUUUAAAUAAUAAUACAAAAUUUGAAUUAAUUUUUUUGGAUGGCGUUUGAAAUUUCUUUGACAUGCAUUAAUUAUUUUCUGAUAAUUUUAAAUUUGUUUAAUAUUUUUUUAAUUUAAAUAUAUUUGAGCAAUUGCUAGAGUCAACAAUUUUUACUGAGAAUAUUAAAAAGUUGUGCUUAUAGAGAUUUUAGAAGAGAGCGGGCUGGGAGAAGAAGACGCCGAUUGAAUUUCCCACCAAGUGUGAGCGGGGAGUAGGGGUUUCCUCUUUUUGCUGCCGCCGCCGCCGCCGCCGCCGCCGCUGUCUUCUCUCGAUUCAGUUCGUGUGCUCCUUCUCAGCAGUUAAGAUUGGACUGCGCGAAGCUCAUUUCCUGUAAAUUUAAUUUUUAGAGGAAAAUAUGGGAAAUAUUGAAAGCAAAGGUGAGGCUCAGGGUCGACCUGACGGACCAGCGGGUCUCGGGUUCUUUGAGUCGGAUCAAGAUGGAGAAGUCAAUCGGCAAAACGCAGACAAUGUUUUCGUGCUUGUCGUGCACUACGAUUUCCGAAACGAGCCCGAGUCUUUUCGAGAAGGAGACGCCGAAGACGUUGAGAACCUGCGGAAGACCUUUGCAGAAAACAGGCGGUGCAACUUCCGCAGUCUCCAGUCGCCGGAAAAAGGAAGUUUGCUCAAACUCCUUUCUGACCAGGAAAAUCUGCUGCGUUUUUUCUCCUCCAAAGAUUUACCUUCAGUCUUGGUCCUUUUCUUCCUCUCGCACGGUGGAGAGGAUAAUAAAAUAUUCACCGAUCACCACCAGAGCGGGAGUCAUAUCGAAAUUUCGACGGCGGAGGUGUUCAAGUCCCUGAAAAAGCUGACCGACCUUGGAAAUUGCCUGAAACUUGUUAAUUUUGGACCAUGCCGAGGAGAUUUGAAAGACCCGAAAUUUAGCUCAAAGAAUUUCUACAAGGGAAACGAAAAUAGGAAUUCGUGUUGCAUCACAUUCUCGCCGGAAAUGCACAAUUUGGUCAUAUUCUACUCCACGGUCGAAACUACAAAGGCGAAUCGCGACGAGAAAAGAGGCUCUUGGUUCGUGGAAAAAUUGUGCCACGUUUUGAACUCGCUGAGCGAAGACAAAUCGCUGAUUCACGUCCUGACGUCUGUUCAGCGGCAAAUUCACGAAACGUCGAGGGUUUUCACCGACUUCUCGACGAACGAACCUCAGGGACAGACGCCCGAGGUCAAGAUGUUCCCUCAGGACAACAGGUUUUUCUUCUCGAGAAUUUCGAAGCAAACAAUCCGCCCGUCUUUGACCGACUCAAGAAAAGCGAAAGGAGCGACAGUUAAACCGGUGUCCGAGUUUUUCACCUGGAAGUCUGACGCGGGACGGGAUCUGCGAGGCCGCAGGGCGUUUAUUUUGUUCGAAAAUCGGAACGAGCAUGUCGAGGAAAUGGAAAGAGCUCUCACCGAGAAUUUGGGCUUCGAGUCGAGCGCAAGAAACUUGAAUGACUUGAGAGAAUAUUUGAAACAAGUUCAAGAGUUUGAGAUCGAUGAAGGAGUUGGGUGCAUUUUGACCUGUCUCUUCUGUGAAAUCAGGGCAACUGAACAUUCUAACGAAGUUUACGUUUUGGUGAAAGAUUAUUUUGAAUCGAUGAAGGAGAUUCUGCACAAUUUCGUCGGUUCGCGAAAUGACAGGUGGAUCGGCAAGCCCAAAAUCUUUUUCGUCAUCAACCAGACUUUCGAACCGGUCGGUACUACGUAUGAAAAGUUUGUUUUUCAAGUGAACGUCGAGUCUGAAUUUGAUUUAACAGCUACAAGCCACAGUGGCUGGCUCGUCCUCGUGCUUAACAGCAGAAGAAAGUACGAAAAGCUGCUGGAAAUCCUCGGAGGAAGCGACCUUAAAAAGGGGAAGAGUCUGCAAGAACUGCUUUCGCAUGUCCUGACGACCGAAUCCUCUAGCGGGGACAAAAGUUUCCUCAACUCGACGCUUCAGUACCUCCUCGACUUCCCUGAUUGGCAGCCAACGUUUGUCAAACCAGAUUUUCAGCUGAAAAAUGCAGCAGACUCCUCAAUUAGAGAAGUGAACUUUGAUGAGCUGGUGCAACAGACGAAACAGUCAAAAGAAUCUCAAAUUUGGCUCCUGAGUUCGGACGCCGGAUCAGGGAAAACCACGGUACUUCAAGAACUUGCGUCGGAACUGAGGAAAUCGGACGUCAAAGCUUUGUACAUCUCGCUUCCAAGCAUCCGCCGGAACUUUGCGUACAACGAAAUUCAAUUCCUCGCAGACGCGACUCACUAUUCUACAACAGAAAUCAAAAUUUGGAUUGAAAAGAAACAGGUCUUCGUCAUUUUGGACGGAUUCGAUGAGGUUCGUCCAAAGGUCCGCGACUUGGUCCUGACUUAUGUGAAAGCUUUGCAAGAAAAGGAAGUAAAAUGCUGCAUAGCAACGAGGCCUCACGAGGGGAAUUUGUUUGCAAAUGCUGUUUCAGUCGAGAUCAAACCUUUCGACGAAGCAAAGCAAAUCGAAUUCGUGCAGUUAAUGGGCAAGAAAAAUGAGGAAUUUUUGAAAAGGUUCGAACAGAAGGAUAUUCUGGAAAAUCCUUUGCACCUUUCCUUCCUGCUCGACCGCGACGGUGAAUGCAACUUGUACGAAAUUUGCGAAAAAUUAAUCUGGCACAAAGUGGAAAGGCGUUUGCUGAAGGAAAAUGGAUACAACAAGGUCGCGGAGGAGAGAAUUAAAUCAAUUUUGGAGCUUCACCGCUUGGUGGCAGCGCAGUUCCUCGAAAAAACCGCGAUUCCUGCCGAAGGAGUGAGAACGGAGGAGUUGCGGAGGCUGAACGACUUCGGCGUGGCCACCUAUCAGGACCAAAAGGUCUAUUUUUCGUGCUCCACCUUCGCAGAUUUUCUCGCCGCGCAGAAAUAUUUAAUUGAUUUGGAGCAAGAUGGCGCUUCUGAUGUACCAAUGUUCGAAAGCAGUGAGUUUCAGCAGAGCAGAACAUUCGUCGACUUAUUUCAAGCUCGAUGAAACAGUAAAAAUAUUAUUUUUUAGAUCCAUCAAUUAUUGUCUAUGUUAACAAGCAAAGUGUUAUUAUUUGCUAGUAAAUAGGUACACAAACACAUCAAUAAAAAGGAAGAACACAAAAACAUAGAGAAAAAAUAGUCCAUCUACACAAACACAGAACGUAACAAACCCUUUAGGAUUAUUACUUGUUUUCAAAAAGGAAAAAAUUAAUAAAAUAACUUAUAAUCACAAAUUACCAAAUUUUUGUUAAUGAAUUUAUAUAUUUUUCUCAUUUUAAUUCAUCUAUAGAUGAUAAAAUAUACGGGACUUUGCAAAUCUAAAGGGAAUUUAGUUUAAAAGAUACUCGCUCUAGGUAUAGAG